GCAGAAGGGCAUGUGUAGCAUUGGGGAAAGUAGUGGUAUGCGCUAAUUGUAGGGGUGCCCAUGGGGUUGGGGAUCAGAAAUGUCCUGUGCGAGAGAGGCAGAUUGAGGUUUCCAGGGUUAGAGUAGAGCAGAAGUUGUCCUAUGCUGAGGCAGUUCAGAAAGUAGGGGGGGAUCCUGAGAGGAGUGGUGUGAGUAACAAGUGAUACAGUAUAUGUUUCAGUAAGAUUAGAUAUUUUUGCAUUUAUAGCAAUGGUUAUCAACUGUACUGCAGGGGUGGAACAUAAGUCACAGACAAUUGAGGUUGUGGUGGCAGCUGCGGAGAGGUAUUUGAGUGUGCAAUACUUGACGUCAGAAGAGUUACAGGGUGUGAUAAGUGGUCUGAGGUAGGACUACAUAUAUUUAAAUAGUGGAGUAGGGUGGUGGGUUUUUAGUGACUAGAGUGUUUAUUUUUGUAUUCUUAUUUUUUUAAAGCAAAAUAAGGAAGUUAUACUCCAGUCUAGUAGGUGACGGUAAUGCAACAUUUUAUUGGACGCCAAUCGCCCUUAAACCUCAUCGAAGAAGAAGAAGUGGCUUGCUUCACACAGGAAAGCUUCCAAAGAGCGAGUGCCAACGGGGUCGUCCGGUUUUCAGCCAGUCUUCAUUGCCACUGGGGUCACCAUGGCACAGCAGCAGAUGCCAAGCUCUCAGAAGGCACUAAUGCUUGAACUGAAGUCUCUCCAAGAGGAACCAGUGGAGGGUUUCCGCAUCACACCAGUAGAAGAGUCUGACUUGUACAACUGGGAGGUGGCCAUAUUUGGACCCCCCAACACACUUUAUGAGGGAGGAUACUUCAAGGCACACAUGAAGUUUCCAGUUGACUACCCUUACUCUCCACCUACUUUCCGUUUCCUCACAAAGAUGUGGCACCCCAACAUAUAUGAGAAUGGGGAAGUGUGUAUCUCCAUCCUUCACCCCCCUGUUGACGACCCACAGAGCGGAGAGCUACCCUCUGAGAGAUGGAACCCCACCCAGAAUGUCAGGACCAUCCUACUGAGUGUGAUCUCUCUGCUGAACGAGCCCAACACCUUCUCCCCGGCCAAUGUCGAUGCCUCUGUUAUGUUCCGCAAGUGGAGAGACAGCAAGGGCAAGGACAAAGAGUAUGCUGAGAUCAUCAGGAAGCAGGUAGUGUCCACUAAAGUGGAGGCGGAGCGGGAUGGGGUGAAGGUCCCUACCACGCUGGCAGAGUACUGCAUCCAGACCAAAGUGCCUUCCCACGACAGCAGCUCGGAUUUGCUUUACGACGACCUCUACGAUGAUGACAUUGAGGAGGAUGACGAGGAAGACGAAGAUGAUGCAGAAGCUGGGUGCCAGAUGGCCGGAGAGGAGGGGAACUGCUUAAUUGACGAGGAAGACUCGGGCAACGAAGAGUCAUGACCUUCCUCCUCUCACUUUUUAUCCCGCUCCUCCCCACACCCUUCCAACCAGUGACUCUGCUGCAGCCUCCUCCUAUCCUUACUUUCUGAUUCCUUGCCACGUGUGCACACACACACACACUCUUGCUCGAUCCAUCCCAUUCUUGACGGCUUCUCAUAGCACUUAGCAUGCCCAUAUUCUAUUAAGGCGCUCUACACCUGAAGCAGGGAUUUUUAACAGCUUUAUGGGGGUCAGAUUUAAUGGUUUUAUUAUGGCAUUUCUCUUAUUCAGCCAUUUGAGGGGUCAGUUUUAAACAGUUCAACAUAAUCACAUGCUUUAUAAUGACACCAAUCUGGCUUGUAUGCUGUCUACCAGUGUUGCCAACAUUUUUUUUGCGAGAAUGCUUAUUAGCUGCUUGAUUUGUCGACAGAUGAUGUUUUGCUGUUACCAUGACAUUUUCUCCCCUUCUCCCGCUGCACACCCCCUCCCCUUAUACCUGUGUGUGCGGUGUUGCUGUGACUUCUUUUGCAUAGGCAGCUUUUCUCACUUUUGUUUGUGGAAUUAUUUAGUGGGAAAAGUCACUAAAGGGUAUCAAAACUCAUCUCCAAGGCAGCCUGAAAAGUAGCUUAAUUUGUCGCUAGGCACUUUGACAAAUAAAAGUUGCUGUGGGAGUCUGAAAACUGACUGAAUAUAGUGACUUUAAGUUGGCAACACUGGUUUCUACCCCUCCCAGGGUUAAAAUACACUCUCAAACUAGUUCUAAUUCCGUUGUGUUAAACCAAAUUGUAUUAAAACGUAAAACCACAAUUUAAAUUAACUCUAAUUUGUUCUUAAGCUGUGGAACAGGGUGGUAAGAGGCACUCAACGAACAUACCCCUCUCUUACUCUCUCACACAUCAGUUAAAUUAAUAAACAAAAAAAACUACUCUUUCUGUAUUGCCCUGGCAUGGAUCUGAACACCAAAAGGACCAUUUUUGCUUGGUUCCUCCUGUUUCUCUGACUCAUCCACUCAAUCAAAGAUCGCUAGCAGAUAGGAAGGGUUGGGCACUGACUCCCAACAUGCAUCUCUUUGAGUGGAUUCAUCUCAAUAUGCAUAUUUUCAACCAGAGACUGUAGAGAAGCAAUCUCUGCUCCAACUUCUGAGGUGAAAUGCACCUGAAACUGAUAAAGGGUUUCUGAGACUGAUAAACUGAUAAAGUCUCACGCCUGAUAUCACUUAAACUCUUGUGCUCUCAAACAAGAUGCUUCCAAAUAUUGGUACGGUACCAGCGAUGGAUAAUUUCCAUGGGGACUGGACUGGCGACAUGGCGUUGUUUCCUUGGUGACUGAUUUGUAACAACCCAUUCUUUCUAUGCCUAUGGGGGACUUGAACACCAUGGGUAAAUGAGACAAGUGGACCCCCUCCACACCACAGAGCGUUGGAUCCAACAAACUGCUCUGCACAGAAAACAGCACUGAGAGAGCAACACUGCUGUUUCAAGUAGAGACAAUUUGUUCUGUUAGUAUUUGCUGUAGUCAGUAAUCUCCCGUUCAAGGUUUGAUGAAAACAUCUCUCUUUACCCAGAAACACAGACAAUGAAUGCUGGAUCACCAUGGGAAGUGUUGGCCAUUCCAUAACACUUUGUUACAGCUGAAGUUUGGGGUGUGUCACCUUCCUCUACUAAGGGUGUGUAUAAGCAACAGACCUGGGUUCACAUACUAUUUGAAAUCAUUUUAAAUGUCCCAAAACUGCAAACCCAGACUUUUGAAAGCAAACUAUUUGAUUUCGAAUAGUAUUUGAAAGCAGGUCUGAUGAGCCAGACAUUGAGGUUACAAAUGCUUGGGUAUAAUGGAGUGAACUGAAAGCCACUUAAUGUCUUUGAUUUUUCAUUUGAGUUUGGUAGUCCUCAAGUGGUUCCAAAGUAAAUGUGAUUCAUGAUGUUUUUGUUGCCAAAGAGAUCUCCCAGUGCCAGUGACAGGCCCUUGACCACAGAUGGGUAAUCAUUACAUAGAAAAGCAUUCCGUUUGGGGACACGUAGAGCACUUCAUAACCAUUAUGAUCAUUUAUUAGAUAUCUCAAUUAUGUUUAAUUUUAAUUUAAGUUCAAUAAUCGCUUAGAGACUUUGGGCUUGAUUCAAUCAAAUGCACAGGGCAAUAUUUAUGCAGUAGUAUGUAGGCCUAAACAUAGUGGGUAAACGAAGAUAUUGUGUAAACAUUGCUAAGGCAGGGUGGCUUGGAUCCGGCCCUUGGUGUCUUUCAGCUAAUGUUACGUGUUUGUUUUUCGGAGUAGAAAAUUCACCUUGUUUUUCAUGGUCCAACUGAACUUACGUCAUGAAUGUUGACUGAAGAUAAAAUAAGGCUACUUUUGUGAAUCAAAGGCUUUAUAUUUGGGUUGUUUGUUGCACAAAGUCAAAUAAAUACAGAGAGCACUGGAAAUUGUCAAA